UUCUUACAAACACACAACCUGCUACUACAACAACUUAAAAUAAAUUCGCUAUGGGAUCAGUUGAAUCAAAAACUAAGGGUUAUGAGAAAAUCGAUGAUGGGUCGGGACACGUGAAACCUCGUCACAAUGAGAGAGGUGUCAUCGAAGCGCAAGAAUUGAUCAAAGAAAAAUCCACGAAUUGGCGGAACGUAGAAAUCAGGAUUGGCGUUAUAGGAACGUCAGGCGUCGGAAAAUCAAGCUUUAUUAACGCUUUUAGAGGGCUUAAUGACGAUGACGAACGGGCUGCAAAAACAGGCAUUGUUGGGACAACGUCAGAACCCACAUUUUACCCAUACACAGAAAAUCCAAAAAUCAUACUGGUUGAUAUACCAGCAUUCGACCCCUCAACCUGUCCAGAAAUUUUACACAAAUGCGAUACGUUCUUUAUUUUAACCGCUACGAGAUUCAGAAUAGAAGAACACCAGAUAGCGCAGAAAAUCAAGUCCAUGGGAAAAUCUUUUCUCUUUGUGCGCACGAAAAUGGACUUGGAUGAAGAGAACGAAACCAGAAAGAAAAAUCGUAAGAUCGAAGACGUAGUAAAAAAUAUCCUGGAUGAUUUGCUGGAUAAUUUAAGAGAUCUUGACAUUGGCAAAGAUGAGAUCUUCCUCGUAAGUAACUUCGAGAGACAUAAAUGGGACUUUGACCGCCUGGUCAAAAGCAUCCUCGACAAGUUGCCCACUCACCAGAAAGAGGCCUCAAUUCGGCCAGUGAUGAUCGAAACCAAAGAUUACGUUCGAAGAAAAAUUGACAUGUGGCUGGGUCAGUUAUGGUGGGUGUGGCUCUAUCUUAUUCUUGUCUUCUUUCCACUUGAUAUCGUGACGUUGGGGUUGCUUUCGCAUUUAAUCAGCAGGUAUCAAAUUACGAAAAAGACCGAACAUUACAGAUCUCAGCUUGGCCUUCCUGAGGAAGGUUCCAAACAAUUUACGAAAAUGAAAGCAGAAUUUCAAGACAGAAUGAGGGUAUUUUUUCCAAAAGAAAACAGCUUUUGUGCAAAAUAUUGUGAACGCAUUUUACAUCCUAAAAAGAUCAUCUUUGCUGCCAAUUAUACGUGCGCUUAUCUGGCCAACGUUUUAAAGGGGAUGGAAAGUCUUUCCAUGGAUCUACUGGAUCAGGCUGCUGCUGAAACAGAGCAAGCCAUUGAUAAGAAGAGUGAGAUGGAGUAACCUGACGAAGUAUCAUUACGAACUUUACAAAGUCAUUUAGCAGUCAUGACAACAAUUGAACAAUGUAUAUACGUAGUAUUAACGACUGAUAUAGGGCCAUUUAAACGAGGGAAAAAAAGUCGCGAGUUAUAUUAAACGCGACCUAAAUAAAUAGGACACUACCUCGUCGUAUAAACGAUACAAAAUGCGUCUUAUGUAAGACAGGCUUGGCACGGUCGUAUAAACGGACAGUUCCCGUCUUAUUCAAGUCGAGUCUCUGUAUCAAUGGUGCAUCAAAAAGCGUGGUAUUGGCUCCGCAAAUCAACUUUUAAAUUGUGAACAUCUAAAUGUAGAGAUUCUUAUAAAUAGUCCCACAUGAUUGCCUUCUCCAUGUGAAAAAAUAAGAUUGGUAAUGAGCAUAAGAUUUCUUUAUAAUUACUGAAGAUAAUAUGUUGGUGAAGCAAUACUGUUGUAUUUUCACCAGUGUCUGCAAAAAUAUUUUGUACUACUCUUAAUGCGAUAUGGAUGAUGAGACUCUUGCAGUUAAAAGAUGGAAUUUCAAGAGUAGUUAACAAGCUUUUCGAUCAGUGUGCUAUUGAUGUUCAAAUUUCCAAAAAAUGGUAAAAAAUUUCAACCCUGUAUAUAAUA